UCCAUUACUCUAUUCCAGUGUCGUUGGCCGCUAGCGCGGACCUCCGGGAGAUCAUCGGGCGACCACUGAAAUUGGUGGUCGUGGCGAGCGAAUUCGGCACCGACUCUUGGCGUAAUCGGACCGGUGACGGUCCGCAAAUCACCACUGCGCUACCCUCUCGCGAGCUCUCUGUCAUGGAAUUGGGGCCGGACGCCGGCGAUGACGGCUACCGGGUUCAGUCAUGACGAUCGCAUGUUUCCUUCUUCUGAUUCUAUUCGCGCAAGCAUGCGGCCAGCAAGAUGAUGUGAGAAUGGAUUUUUCAAUAGUGGUUGUAGUGGAAAAGGUUAGAAAUGAACUUCUGUUGUGGAAUCAAGGAAACAAAAUUUUUCAGAAUUGGUCUGGUGACCCAUGCUCUCCCUCUCCAUGGGAAGGUUUUACUUGUCAAAUGUUAAACCAUACAUUUACUAUAACACACCUGAAUCUCUCAUCAAAUAAUUUGCAAGGGUCAAUUCCUACAUCCAUCGGUGACCUAUCAGAGCUAAGAGAGCUGUAUUUGGAGGAUAAUAACUUUACAGGGUCUGUUCCAGAAUCUUUCGUGUCACUUCACCAUUUGUCAAAUCUGUCCAUAAAGUGCAACCCACACUUAGACAGUCAACUCCCUCCUGGUUUGUCAAGAAGGAAUCUUACCGUAAGUUCCGGAAACUGUCUCAGGAAAAAUGCUUCUGAAACAAGUUCUUCUCAACGAAGAAUUUAUCUGCUAGGAGCUGGAGGGUCUCUUACUUUCAGUCUUGCAUUUGCUAUUUGUUUCAACUGUUUCUACAAACGUGCCAAUCACUCUGAUAGAAGAGAUCACCUGGACAUUAAGAAUAUAGUUUUCUCAGAAUCAAGUGUUGAUGAUGUUUCAACAAACCUGGUAGUGCAUCAGUUUUCUCUUAAAUAUAUCGAAAGUGCCACAUGCAACUAUAAAACCUUGAUUGGAGAGGGUGGAUUUGGAACUGUUUACCGCGGUAUUCUCCCUCAUGGUCAAGAAGUGGCUGUAAAGGUUCGAUCAGCUACAUCAACUCAGGGAACCCGUGAAUUUAAUAAUGAGGUGAACCUUCUUUCAACUAUCAUGCAUGAAAAUUUGGUGCCGCUUCUUGGCUACUGCUCUGAAAAUGAUCAACAAAUACUUGUCUACCCCUUCAUGUCAAAUGGUUCUUUACAAGAUCGACUAUAUGGGGCAUCAGCAAAGAGGAAGAUUCUCGAUUGGCCAGCUAGGCUUUCUAUUGUGCUUGGUGCUGCUAGAGGUUUAAUGUAUUUACACACUUUUUUUGAGCGAUGCAUCAUUCAUAGAGAUGUGAAGUCCAGCAACAUUCUUUUGGACCAUAGCAUGUGCGGUAAAGUGGCAGACUUAGGUUUCUCUAAAUUUGCACCACAAGAGGAAGAUAGUGGAGCUUCACUUGAAGUAAGAGGAACUGCUGGAUAUUUGGACCCAGAAUAUUACUCAACCCAGCAGUUAUCAUCUAAAAGUGACGUCUUUAGUUUUGGGGUGGUUCUUCUAGAGAUUGUCACUGGAAGGGAGCCCCUGAACAUUCACAGGCCAAGAAGCGAAUGGAGCUUAGUUGAAUGGGCAAAACCAUAUAUUAGAGAAUCAAGGAUUGAAGAAAUUGUUGAUCCUAGUAUAAAAGGACAGUACCAUCCAGAGGCGAUGUGGCGGGUGGUUGAGACUGCAUCAUGUUGUGUUGAGCCCAUCGGAAGCUACCGGCCGAAUAUGGUGGAUGUCGUCCGUGAACUGGAGGAUGCCCUGAUAAUUGAGAACAAUGCAUCAGAGUACAUGAGGUCUAUUGAAAGCAUGGGAGGAUCCAACCGCUACUUGUCACUCGAGAAAAAGAUCAUAAUACCAAGCGCAGAACCAACUGGACCCUAAUCAAGUUUUUAGCCAAGCAGUUGAAGCUACACUUCCAAAAUAAUUCCGCAUGGAUGGUAAGAAAACAAAUGAACGUAAGGUCCCUCGUUCAUCCUAAAUUUGAUAAAAGAACAGUUGUUCUAUGGCCUAUACCUCAGGAACAAGAUCGGUAAGUUGACAUCCUCAUGUUGUUGCCCAUUGAAUGUAUAAAGCAUCAUCUUAAUUUUUCCUUUGACACUAUUGCUCCAGCCACCUCAUAAUAAUUUCUGUGUAUGUUGGUACAAAUUGAACUAAAUGCCUGCUUCUAGGGGUGGACUUGAUUCA